AAUUAUAUCAAAACAACUCUUUUAAAACAUUUAACGGCUUCCGGGUAGCCUGGCUUCCGGUUAGCCGUUAGCUUGUCUGCCAACAUGGAUGACAGGUACGUGAAACCAGGUAACCAGGAGCGGGGAUGGAACGACCCCCCUCAGUUCUCCUACGGCCUUCAGAAGGCCCGCGGGCCACAGAGGAACCUCCUCAACAAGAGAGCAGCUCCAGCAGCUCCAGGAGCUCCGCCCACCAAUACCGGCACCUCAGACCCUCUGGCCCCGCCCCCAUGUGAUGUGACCCCGCCCCCUCUGUGCCCAGCGCGUCCUCCUGCUGGUGGGGUAGCCACGCCCCCUCCUCCUCCUAUUGGUCCAAAGAGAAGUCAGAAGGAUGUGGACAGCAGCCAAUCAGAGAGAGAGCCUGAUGUGGAGAAUGUGAUGUUGGUGCUGAACCAAUCACUGAGCGCCUGUAGACACACCGUACCUCAGCAGGUGUGUAAUGAUGUGGGGAAGAGGCUCCGCCUCCUGGAGGACAGCUGGAGAUCAGACAGACUCAGCCUACCUGUGAGGAGACGCAUGGAACACCUGUCUCUGGAGCUGGGUUCAGGUAACUGGGACUCAGCUGAUGAGCUGCAUCGCUCCCUGAUGGUCGAUCAUGUGACCGAGGUCAGCCAAUGGAUGGUUGGCGUCAAACGACUCAUCGCAGAGACCCGAAAGCUCAAACCAGAACUCUUAGAACCGGUCCAGGACCCUGCAGAACCGGCCCAGGACCCUGCAGAACCGGUCCAGGACCCUGCAGAACUGGCCCAGGACCCUGCAGAACCGGCCCAGGACCCUGCAGAACCGGCCCAGGACCCUGAGGAGGACUCUCUGUCUCAGUCCUGAUCCUGUUCGUCCUGCAGGACUCGCAGGUUUUUUCUUUGUUUGCAAACUUUGACUCUUUCAACCCGAACCAGGACCAGCUGCUGGUCCCGGGUCUGACCUGCUGCUGGUCUCGGGUCUGAGGCGACCUGUCAUGUGACCAGAUCACAUGUUUGGUUCCCGCCAAUCACAGCCGAGCUCCGAUCCAACGUUCAGACGAAUCAUCGAGUAAACACUAAAAAACAGCAAGAACCAGUUUUUGUUGUCAUCAUUGAAUCAAUAUUUAAUCAAUAUUUAAUCAAUAUUUACACCAAAUGUAACGAACCUGAAACAUUAAACUCAGUCUUCCAUU